AUGGGUCCGCCUCCUGUAGUCACUGGUAUAUCACCUAAAGAAGGUCCUCCAGGAACUAGAGUAACUAUUAGAGGUGAAUUCUUGGGGACCAGUGCAACGGAUCUUAUCGGUCUUAAAAUAUGCGGAUGUGAUUGUCUACUCUCAGCUGAAUGGAAGAGCAGAAAUAAGAUAGUUGCUAGAUCUGGGCCAUGUAAGGGCCGUGGGGAUAUUAUAGUUACUACAAGAUCAGGUGGUGAGGGAACAUCUACUGUGCAGUUUAGAGGGUAUCAUGAAUCCAUAGGCCCUGUAAAAGAAAGUGCUGUAUGGGUGGAAGAAGCAGCUCCCCCUGCAUUGCCAUGGGGGAGAAGACCUAUGUCUCCUACAGUUUAUACUCCACCAGAUCCUCUUGGUUUGGCUACUGAAGGGGAUGAGUGUAAGUUUCCAGAAGAGGAACUGAAUGAAUUGUUUCCAGAUGGGUCUGGAAAAUUGUCAGAUGAGAAUUUUCAACCAGGCUGGUACCUAUUGGAGCAUCACAGCAAUACAUCAUUUGAAGACUUAAAAGCUGGACUAGUGUUUCUUCAAAGAAAAGUGGAAGGUCAGAAAGAAGGCCAACUCAGUUUCUUGAAGGCAAAUACUGGUGCUGUGAUGGAUCAGCUGGAUCGUCUUGUCCUCCUGAAGAACAUGUAUGAAGAAGAUCAAAGAAAAAACGGAAGAGAGCCAUUACCAAGCUUACAAGCUGCUAUUGAAGAGUCCAUUACCCUAGCUGAUUCAUUGUUUUCGGAAAUAUUAUCACGCAAAGAGAAUGCAGACAAAACAAGAGAGGCGCUGUCUUUGUUGACGCGUCACAAGUUUCUCUUCCAACUGCCAGCGUCCAUAGACAGGAAUAUUAGGAAGAAAGAGUACGAUCUAGUCGUUAAUGACUACACGAGGGUCAAGAACUUAUUUGGAAAUACCGAUGUUAAGCUAUUCCAAAAAAUAUUAGACGAAAUCGAUAAAAAGAUCGAAGAUUUAAAAGAGAAUUUGGCUACGCGGAUGAAAACGAUGCCUUGUAAUGUACAAGAUCAAACCAAAUAUGUAAGAUUAUUGAUAAGCUUGAAUUGGGAGGGUGAUGCAGCAUGGACAGCAAUAACAACGCGUAAAGAGUAUCUUAUGAAUUUAAUGAAUAAAGUUAAGAGUCAUUUCAAACUAAAAGAAGAACAAGAUAAUAGUGAGAAAGGUAAAAGAAAGUCGCGCGAGGAAAACGAGGGUAGUUGGAGCAUACUUCGUGCUAACUGGUGCGCGUGCGCAAGUGGGGCGCUUGCUACUGAAUUACAUGCGCUGUGGCCGCUCGCCAGGCGCUACUUUGCUGGUGAUCUCGCCGGUACUCCCACAGAUCCUCAGAGGCACGCAGAACUUAAGGAGAUGAUAAUAGCGGCUGUGGAGUUAUUUUCGGAGCACAUGCGAACGUGCUUGCUCUCGGGCGGGGGCUCGACGCUGGGGCCCGACACGCUGCGCUCUCGUCUCGUCGCCAAUCUUCGUCAUCUGCGGGAGGCGUACGACUCGCUCUUGAAACUCGAUUUGCCCUCACAGCCUCUAAGUAUUGUAGAGAAGGUAAUUUUUGACUACCGAGUGCAGGGCCUGACGGUCUUCUUACAACGCGCUCAGAAGCGCGUGAAGGCGCUUUCCGAUAAGGAGACUUGGAAAAUCGAGGAGUUUUCUGAUUACGGAGCCAUCACCGGGCUGCCCAGUUUAUUGGAAACAUACGUGAAUGAAGCCCUUUCUGCGAUACACAAAUGCGUGUUGUCCAGUGGUCGCCGCGAGAGCCCACUACUGGCAGACGGCAGUGACCCUCUCAUUGCACUUCAAAAGCACACACAACAGACCCUCCUAGCAUUUGUCACAGUUCUGGACAAACUGGUUCUGGAGCACGAACAGGAUUUCAAUAACAGUAGUCUCUCAGUCCUCCUCGACCAGCCACUGGAAGACACUUUGGAAGGGGGGACACGCUCGUGGCAGCAGCGCUUGCUCAUCGCAUCCGCUAAUGCACAGUACACUAGGAAAAUGAUUCUAGUCAAAAUUGCUUCCUCGUUCGAUACUUACGGAAUCCCUAAACCUGCGUUAGCCCUUCAAGCAACAAGGGACGCUCUCAGUGACCUGGAAUCGCGUAUAGCGGAGAAGUACAUAGAGCAGAAGGGUGACCCACUGGUGGGCACGAUUGAGCCCAGUAUGUACACAGGGCGGCAUACGCUACCUCCGAACGCUAUGGUGGACGACGCGAGACCUUAUGUUUAUGAGAUCAUAAAUAACCUUAUUGCGGUCCACGCUGAGGUGGAGAGUAUUUGUGGUGCGGCUGCGUCUCGAUACGUGCGGGAUAUAUGCGAGACGGUUUGCGAGGAAGUUUCGCGGCUGGCGGCUUGUGCGCCCGCGCAUACGCCGGCCACGGCGUUUCGCGCUCGGCUCGAAUGCGCGCUACUGCGGCUAGCCUGCGCUGAUCACCUCACUAGGAAAGCCGAAAAUCAUCUUAUUGAAUCGCUAGCCGGUUUACCACCUCUAGACAAUGAGGAAGAGAAAAAGCGAAUGGACAGCUUAAUACAAGGCUUCAAGAAGAGGAUGGAACUACAAUUGGCUUGUCUUAACUGCACUAUUGAGACAAUAUAA